AUGGGAUCAACUGGAUUAGCGAACAAUGAUCAGUUUUCAAUGAUAUUUCAAAAGCUGGAUAGUAUUGACAGUAAAUUGACCCAGUUGGACACUAUCCAAAUAACGGUGAACAAAAUCACAACACGACUAGACAAAAUUGAUCAAAGGGUCGGCGGCCUUGAAACGAAAAUUAAAGAUAUUGAAGAAAGCCGAAACCAUGACUCUAAGACAUUAAAUGAAAUAAGGGAAAAACAAAAAGAACUAGUAGCGUUGAAGUCAAAAAUAGACUCACUAGAAGCAACGCACAAGAGAGCGGAUGCAGAUAUCAAAAAAGAAGUCAUUGAUCUGAAAGGGAGAAGCAUGCGGGACAACCUACUAUUUUUCGGGAUUCCGGAGAACACAGACCCGAAUAACAGGGAGAGCGACGCAGACUGCGUGGAAAAGGUUUUAGAGCUAAUUGAGACAAAGAUGGAAAUUGCAGACGCCAAACAGUCAAUAAAGCUACACCGUGCACAUCGGAUAGGAAGAUUCAAUAACUCGAAAACAAGGCCAAUUGUAGACAAAUUCGUGUACUAUCCGGACCGGGAAAAAGUCAGACUCAAUGGUAACAAACUUUCCAGGCCCUUUGGUGUUAGCCAGCAGUAUCCACCGGAAGUGAUGGAGGCCCGAAAGCUGCUCGUUCCUAUUAUGCUCGACGCGCGCCGUCAGGGUAAAGAAGCCUACAUCAGCGGGAGCAGAUUAUUUAUAAACGGUCAACUUUAUCGGGAUGCAGGAACCGGGACCGGAAACGGAAACCACUAG